AUGGCGCCCCGGGUCUCAGGCGCCCGGAGCAGCUCAGUCAGGGGUGGAGCCCAAGGCGCCGGCCUGGGCAGCCCGCAGGCUCCUCCCCGCGCCACCGGCCCCGCCCCCAAGAUGCCCGCCCCUGGCUCCGCCCCGGAGGUCCCCUCCCCCAGGGCCCAGACCAACGUGCUUUGCGGUCGCCCCCUCCCGCGCACGUGUCGCGGCUUCCGGGACGGCGGCCGAGGAGGUGAGCGCCCCUUGCAGGACAGACGUACGCGCAGACCCGCGGUGCCGGGACCCCCGCAGCUACCCCGCUCGUUGUCAGCAGUGGCAGCACUCAUGGCUGGUCCCCUGUGGUGGGCUGCAGCAUUUGUGCAGAGACACAGGACAGGCCUCUUGGUGGGUUCUUGCGCAGGCCUCUUUGGGGCUCAAAUCUCAUACCACCUCUUCGCAAAUCCUGUGGUCCAGUGGCUCUACCAGUACUGGCCCCUGUGGUGGGCUGCAGCAUUUGUGCAGAGACACAGGACAGGCCUCUUGGUGGGUUCUUGCGCAGGCCUCUUUGGGGCUCAAAUCUCAUACCACCUCUUCGCAAAUCCUGUGGUCCAGUGGCUCUACCAGUACUGGCCUCAGGGCCAGCCGGCCCCACUCUUCCCGGAGCUACAGAGCCUCUUUCAAGAGGUGCUGCAGGACAUGGGUGUCUCCAGAGGCCACUGCUACAAGCCCUUCACCACCUUCACCUUCCAGCCUGUGAGUGCGGGCUUCCCAAGACUCCCUGCUGGGGCUGUGGUGGGCAUCCCCGCCAGCUUUCUGUGGGGCCCAGUGACCAAAACUGAGCAGCCUGUGGUCAUACUUGGGCAAAGAGUAGACUGGCAGAGCCCAGUAGGCGCCCGACUGAGAGAUGCCCUGACCCUGUCCCAUGACGCCCAGAAGUUCGCCUUGGCGAGGGAGGUUGUGUACUUGGAGAGCAGUGCAGCUGCCCUGCAGGCCCUGCCAGCCCCAGCUUGCCUGGUAGGGACCUGGGCACUGGGCGUGGGGGCCAAGCAUGCACUGGGGCUCUACGGAGGCCCCAUGAACUUACGGGCUGCCUUCAACCUGGUGGCAGCUGUGGCAGGCUUUGUGACCUACGCCUUCUCCACAGACUCUCUCACUCAUGCCCUGGAAGCCUGGCUGGACCGCCGCACGGCCUCCCUGUCUACAGCCUAUGCCCAGGGUGGAGUGGAGUUCUAUGAGAAGGUUCUAUCAGGCAACCAGGCCCUGCGCAGUCUCUUGGGCAGGCAUGGGGAGAAGCUGUUUACACCCAGUGGGAACGUCGUCCCCAGACACUGGUUCCGCAUCAAGCAUUUACCCUACACAACCCACCGGGACUCUCUGCUGCAGAUGUGGAGGGCAAUGCUCAACCCAGGCCGCUCCUGAUGGCUCAUCACAAGAACAGUUCCAGCUUGUGCAGAUACCACCCUGCCAUGGAACCUGGGGGGCUCUCUUGGUGACUCUGCACCCACAGACCAAGGUCAGAAAAAUCACAGCCUUUGGAUUUAAAUAGCCUAGAUUCUUCCCUAACUACCACUGAUGAACUCAGUGACUUUGGGCAGGUCCCUUUAUGAAUCUGAGCCUUGGUUUCCUUAACUGUUAAGUGGGGAUGAUGUAAACUACUUUGCAUGAUUGCAGCACUGUGUGAGGUUGUGAACAUAAGGUCUUGGCAGAGAGGGUGCAAGAGGAUGCUCCAUAAAUAAACAGGAUGUCUCUCCUUGGUC